AUGCAUUCGUUCUUGUCCAAGGUUUUUGGACGGAAGAAAGAUGACAGGGAUGCCUCACCUCCGAUGCUAGCCCCCGGCGAACUUCUUGACGGAAAAUUCGAAGCAGUGUCACCUAAUGUGUCGCCCAGCGCCACCCACUUUUUGGAGCUCGAUCAGAAGGCCAACGGGAAAGAUAAGGAACGAGGGAGGGACGCGGCACUUCCGCUUUUCAAGGCGAACAAAUCGCGUCCUUCGUCGCCGGAGGUCAACACCAGGAAGCUCGAUACACUACCCCAUCUCUCCUUGAACUUUGCAGACCUCAAGGCCCAGUCUGCGUAUUUCUUCGACACCGACCCCGAUGCCCACAUCCUUCUCACGGAUGCAGUCAUCGGACAGCGACGUCUCAACCCGAUGGAGGCGCUCGUGCUCAUCCGGGCAUGCUCUCAGGCUAUCGUGGCGCGAGGACUUGAAACACUUGGCAUCAUGCAUCCGCACUGGUAUUCUGCAUCACCCGACAUCCAACGGCGACUCAUUUCGCAAUUCAUACACUCGCUGGAUGCACACAGUCCGGAAACAGCCCUCUCUGCCGUGUCGCCUUCUCCCAUCUCUAAUUUCGAGUCCGAGCUCAACUUUACACGUGAUCCUCACGAUGUCGCGGCCGUCCUCCGAUGGGGUCUACGCCACGUCCAGUUGGAGGGUGACAGUUUUGGAACAGACGAUGGAUGGUACAAGGCGUUUCUGGACGCUGAAGCCGCCGCCGACUAUCCUCCGAAGGCCUUUUCGGAGAUACUCGCACCGAAGCUCCCGCCAGCCCACCUCGAGUUGCUUACGGCGACUUUGGAGAUUAUCUCAUCGCUUGCACCACUCGCAGAGGCGAAUAGCACGUCAGGGAGCAAGCUUUCCAAGAUUUUCGGACUCUGGCUGCUAACAGCUCGACAUGUUGAGGAGAAGGAUGAUUGGAAGACGUUCUAUGCGCGUUGGGAGCGUACUGGUCGCAUGUUGGAGCACUUGUUUUUAUGUCGAAUUCGCGACGAAUCAACAGAUCAACGCAUGCCUAUCCGUCUUCUCGAACUUGUUCGCAAGUAUCCUUACACACAAGGUCUAUCGCCUCCGACCACAGACCUUCAACUUCUCCCACGCCCUCGUUUUACAACGAGCAUUCAUGACGCUCUCUUCGUCCGUAUUGAGAUUGAACUGGCAUCUUUCAAACGCAAGCCCAAGACGAAAGUUCAUCCAGUCGAUCUUCUUGCUGAUGCCUUCUCCACGAAGGUCGAGGAAGGCGAAUAUGCAGAGGUCUGGGCUAAGGUCAUAGCCGCUUCCAAGGGUGGCGAUCAUCCUUCCUCGCUGAGCAAUAUUUUUGCGGAUGAGACCAUCCGGUUCCUUUCUCUCGUUCCGGAUAAGAGAAAGGAGAAAGAUGAGGUGAAAUCGCCUACCUUCAGCCUUCUUCCUUCUUCUGCGUCUCCGCGCCAACGUUCGUUCUCUGUGACCGAGACUGACAAGUCCGCUCCAAUAGCAACUCAACACACGAAGCCUGCUACCGAUCCUACUCCAAUUACACCAAUAUCUCCUCUGGCCAUUGGAAGUGACUGGGCACAGUUCUCCACCUCGGGAUUCAUCGAUGUUAGCCCUGCUAUUCCUCCUCUUGCGUCAACACUCUUUGAUACCGAUCUCGAGAAGACGGCGCCUCCAGACCCACCUGUGCCACUCUUGAGAACCUUAUCUCGACGAUCCAGCAAGCGGGCCAAAGCACCGGCCGUUGAACCUGCGUCUCUACCCCGCAAGAGCACUGAGUCCUCUACAACUGCUGCGCAGGUUGAACCAGAUCCGCAGGUCUUGGUUAGAGCAACAAACCUCCACAUCGUGCAGCUCGAUGAGGCAUUCAUCGAUUUCUGGUCCGACGCCCUUCUCGAUCCCAUCUCGGCGGAUUCGCCCACGUUCGUCGUCUGCAAGUUCAAGUCGACGCUGGUUCCCGAGCUCACUUAUGGCCCGUCAGGAGUCGAAGUCGGUCAGCUGAGGAAGACACUGAAGUGGCUCGUCUUAGAGCAGGUGUACACUCUCCGCCCCCCGCCGCCUCCUCCCCCUGUGGUGAUACCCGAGACGCCGGUCCGCGAGACCGCCAGGCCUUCGUCGCCUGCACAAUCGACCUCAGGGAAGAGGAGGUUUAAUUUCUGGAAUUCGAUCUCGAGGACAGCGUCUAGUUCAUCAGAUGCCUCGCUCAAAGGGAAGAAGACACCCAAGUCGCAGAACGUGAAGGUUGGAGAGAUGGGCGAGUUGAUCGAGGAGGAGGAUGUGAAACCUGCGAAGGGACGUAAAUCGCUGGACUCGUCGAGAAAGGAUAAGGGCAAGGCGAAGGAGGAAGAUUCGAAGCCCAAGGAGGUUAAGCCUAAGGACGAAGUCAAGGUCAAGCCUGAGGAGAAGACCGUGCCUAAGGAGGAGCAAAUUAAGGACGGCGUUAGCACCGCUGCCGUUGCAGCGAUUGCAACUGGUGCCGUUGCUGCCGGAGCGGCCGCUGCCGUGUUGUCGUCCGAAGGGCCCGAAGUCGUGAAGACGGAGGAAGCCGAGGUUGAGAAGGUCGUCGAGGGCGAUGAGGUCAAGCCGGAGACUGUUGCUGAAGUUGUAACGACCGCCGACGGCACGCCCGCUCAGGAGCCUGCCGUGAAUGAAGCAGACAAGGCACCAGUUGAGGAAGUCGCGCCGACGCCGGAGGCUGCUGUUGAAGCCGAAGUACCAGUCGAGGACGCGAAGCCUGCUCCAGAGGUACCUCAACCUGUUGAAGCUGAAGCUGUGGUGCCAGUCGAAGAUGCCAAGCCUGCGUCCGAGGUCGCUCCUCCCGAAGCUGAAGCACUGCCAGUCAAAGAAAUCAAGCCUCUCGCUGAAGCUAUUUCAGUCGAUGAAGUUAAGGAAACCUCCGAGGCUCUUGUCAUCGUCGAGGCCUCAGCGCAAGAGGAGAAGCCAGCAGGUGAGAUCCCUGUCGAAGAAGACGCGCCGGCCUCGAUCCCCACACAGCUUCAAGAGGCCAUCGACUCUGACCACAUUGUUCCGGAAUCGACAGUCGAAGAAACGCCUGCAGUGGUCGGGGAAGCCACUCCUGCUGCUAUUCAAGAGGCUCCAGCUUCUGUCGACGCUGAGACCAAAGAUGCCGAGCCUGCUGUUAUUCCAGAGACCUCCACUCUCGAAGAGGCGUUUGUUCCAGCUGCGGUUGAAGUCACAGUAGUCGAAGAGGUUGCUGUUGUCCCACAGAUUGCUCGUGAAGCAUCUGCCGAUGCACCCACUCCGGUUGAAGAACCUGCUGCUGCUCGUCUUGCUGAAGAGAUUUUUGCUCCUGUUGAGGCAGAGAUCGAACCCGUCGAAUCAACAGUUGCUGCUCCCGCGAUGGCUGAAGCGCCAAUCGAAAUACCUUCUGUGAUCGAAGAGGCCGCCGGCGCCGUUCCUCCUGUGGUAGAAGAGACUUCAACAACCGUUGAGACAAAAGUCGAAGCACCUGCACAAGAAGUUGAGGCUAUACCUGUGGUGGCAGCUGAGGAAGACGUGCCCAUUCCUGCUGUUGAAGAGGCUCAACCUGAAGCCCAACCAGCUGCCGAAGCACCAGCUCCGGAGGCUGCCGUAGUCAGAGAGGAAGUCAGCCUUGUUAAGACUGAAGAGGACAUUAUUCCCUCUGUCGUGGAAGAAUCACCUACAGCGCUGAUCGAUAGUACGCCGACCCCCGAACCCGAAGUCAAGGAAGUAACUGAAGUUGGGGCAGACGUAGCGCCCGUAGUCGCAGAAGAAGUUGUAGAGGAAGUCGCUCCUGCGAUUGAGGAGGCUACCCAAGUUGAACCUCAACCUCAACCUGCUCCCAUCAUUGAAAUACCGGCUAUUGAUGCUACCAUCGCGGAGGUCGCUGCUCCUCCUGAGGCCGAACUCAACGUUGACAACAUUGUUCCUGCGAGCGCUUCCGUCCCUGAGCCAGCAGCAACAUCUAAAUCGGUCGCUAUAUCCGAGGUGAAAGGUCCAGACGAGCAGGAGGCCGACGUCAUCCCCGCUCCUGCUGACGAGGUCACAGGUACGGUCGAAACGAAAGUUGAUGAGAUUGUUGUUCCUGUCGCGUCGAUUUCCGAGGCAGAAGUCAUGCAAGCAGGUGAACCAGGGGUCGAGGGAACACCCGCUGUCGUCAAAGACGUUGGGCCUGUGCCAGCCGCUGUGGAAGAAGAGGCGCAAGUUUUCACUCAACCUGAGGAUCAAGAAGUCGCCGAAGUUCAAGCACCAGAAGCCCCUGCGCAGACGGUGGAAGCCUCUGGCAACAUCGAGGAGAAGGAACUUGUCGCGGCUCCAGCUACCGUUGAAGAAUCCCCUCCUCUGAUCAAUGAUGCCGUUGCCCCUGAAUCCAAAGCCGAAGAUGAGACUAAUGAGACGGCACCUGGCACAGUCCCUAUCGAGGAUCACGCUUCAGGUCCUGCUGUCGAAGUCUACGAUCAGGCCCCAAUCGAGCCAGUGUCCACUGAAGCACUAAUUUCUGAAGAAACUGACGCUGUCGAUGCUGAAGCGAACCUCGACGUUGUGGCACCAGAGGUUGUCGAAGUGGCAUCUCAGGUCGUUGAUGAGCCUCCUCUGACACCUGCUGUUGUCGGGGAAGAGGCGCACCUCCCCGCUGAAACUGUCCAGGAGGCCGCAUCGGAGGAAGUCGCGCAAGAUGUCAGUGCCGAAGAAGUUUCACUUCCUGUGGAUACUCAGCCUGAUGCACCCCACAAGCCUGAAGCCCCACCACCUGGAUCGACAGCGGAGGCCAUCGUUGAGUCCUCUACAAAGGCUCAGGACAUUUCUACGAUUACAGACGUCAAGCAAGAUCUAGGCGAGUCGAAUGUCCAGCCAAUUAUCGAACCAGAGGCCCCGGCUCUUGAAGUGACCCCGGAGACUGUCCCUGACGCCGCCCCAGAAACUGUCGAGGAAAAUGUUGGACCUGUUCCUACUCCUCUCCAGGAGGAAACUCAAGCAAUUACGGUGCUACAAACGGCACAGGAAGAUGUUUCCGGACUCGUAGUUGCUACUAUUGGAGAGGACGCCUUCUCUCCGACACCUCUCUCUGUUGGAGAAGCUCCCGUUCCACUGGUUCAAGAGACACACGUUAACGUUCCAGUCAGUGUCGCAACUGAGGUCCAAGAUGCGGAGAGGGAAGCCCCGCCCGCUGCGGAACAAGCGGUAGCACUCGAGCCAGAGGAUGCUGCAGACGCUGCUGUAGCCAAUGCAACCAGUGUCAAAACUGUCGAGGAGAAAACAGACGAUGCCGUGACACAAGCUCCUCAGGCAGUCGACGAACCAGAGGUUGUCUCGGCGGCUGACGCAGCACCAGUCCUUGAAGCCAAUACUGACGCAAAGGGUUUCUCGAAUGAGGUUUCCGUUCCAGAAAGCGACCAGGUUUCGGUAGCUGAGGAAGUUGUCGUUGAGGUUUCGCCAGCAGAAAAGGGAAACGGAGUGGCACCUGUAACCGUUGCUGAAGAGAAGCCUGUGGCACCUGCUGCUGCGGAGGACAUAGCAGAGGAAGGUAUACCUCUUCAACAAGAGGCACCUGCACCCUCUAAGCCAGACGCACAGAGUGUGGUCGAGGAGGCUGUUUUACAGACCAAUCUCCCUGCCGUCAACGCCGAGGCUGGCACCGACGAAAUCACACCUGAAGUCAUUGGUUCCUCACCGACCAUCGAUGAGGGUGACGCUGUUGUUCUCGCCAAUGAAGUGGAGAAAGCGGUUCCAGCUGCCGGAGCUGAACCAACAGCAGCGGACAUCACACCGGCGGGCGUCACGAUCUCUGCGAUUUCUGGAUCUCAAGGAGAUGAAGCAUCUGCGUCAACAGAAGCCCAAGCUUCAAUCCAUAGUGAAGGUGUCAUACCUGACGACACCCUCGCCGUUGAACCACAAGUUGCUGUCGAGGGUCCCUCGCAAGCUGUUGGAGAGACAGAUGCCGCAGUGCCAGAGGCUCCAGCAACAGUGAAAGAACCAACUUCACAAGAGAUAACACCCGCUACGGUCGGCACAACCACAAUUGUUGACGUCGAGCAAUCCAUUCUAGCUGAGGCUGAAGCGACCUCCCAAGAACAACCGCAAGUCAUCGAGCCAGAAAUACAAGCCAUUGCAGUCGACGAGCAUGCCACACUCACUUUACCCGAGGAAGAUGACGAGGUGGUAGAGCCCCAGCCAGAGAUCGAUGCCCAGUCGACGACCGUCGAAGAGGUUGCGCCUAACUCUGCCUCAACACGAAAGACCGAAAUCGCCUCUACGAUUUCAGCUGAGCCAGAGACAAAUGUUGCCGAGCCUGCGAUUUUGUCUGCUUCAGACGUCCAAACCCAUUCGGAAAUUGCGCCCAUCCUCGAACGGGCAGCACCAACACAGAAUGAGCCUGAAAUUGGCACUGAAGAUAGCAACAAGGCAGAUGAUCCUCAGGUUCAUCCUCCGGCGCUCGUGGAUACUCAAGCUACAGUAGAAGAAUCUGUUGUCCCUCAAGCUCAACUUCUUGACGAAGGCGCCGCCGUUGGCGAGAAAGAGAUUGCCAACGAAAUUUCAACUGGAGAACAAACUUGGCAUGCAGAAGUCACUCAGGGUCUAUCAGCUGACAUUGCUCCUGUUAAGCCAGCCAUUGCAGCAUCCUCCCAGCCUCAAAUUGUCGAUGAGCCCGCUUCACUUGUUGCGCCUGUCGUUACCUCGGAUGUAACCGCCAGCGUAGUCGAGGACCCAGCUCCUGAUGGACCUAGCGCCGCUGUUGAGAAACGCGUUGCGUGUGCAGACGUCGCAGAGCCAGCUGUCGAUGAACCUAAUGGCGACAAAUUAGUCACGGAACGCGCAGGAGUAUCGCCAGCAGAUUUAGACGUAGCACCGGCUAUUUCUGAGACGGAUACUGCAUCUACCCCUGGUCCCGAUGAAGUCACCCCUGCUGUGGAAGACCCUCAGGUUCUCGCCGACGCACCGGAGGAACCAGGUCAAGGGAUUUCCCUGAGUGGCGAGGGAAAGGAAGUCGAUCAGGAGGCGCCCGCAGUAGUUAAUGAAACAGUUGGACAACCUGCCGUACUUGAAGCUCCGGUUGCGGUCGUUGUGGGGAACGCAGUCGAGGAAACGAUGCCAGCUGCAGAGAAUCAACCCUCUCCAGCUCCUGAUGUGGCACCCGAGGUCGUUGAUGAGGCCGUUGCCGCGGUUGAGGAACAUGUUGAAGAGCCCGCAGCCGAGCCGAGCCUUCCUGCCGUCGAAAAUCCAACCGCCGCGCAGCCUAUUCCGGAACAGGGUGUGGCGACUGAAGAGCCUGCAUUGGUUGUGGAAGAGGCGGCAGUUUCAAUCGUGGCGGAGGACGCGGCGCCAAUUGUCGAUCAAAUUCAUUCUUCGCUCACGCCCCAAGAACCGACACGCGAAGAGACUGUUCCUGCAGAAACCACAAUACUAGAGGAACGGGAGUCGAGGACAACUGCCGAUAUCGCCGAACCAAUCCCGCAAGCUAUAGAGGAAUUGCCCUCAACCACGGAUGAACCUUCGCAAACUGCAGAGGAACCCUCCUCAGUCGUUCAAAUCCCUACACCCACCCCCGAGGAGGUCGAAGGGUCUCAAGAAGGCCUUGAGGAAGCAACAUCAGCCGUUGAAGAGCUCACGGAAUCUGUAGAAGACGUCGCACCGACGAACGAAACAACCAGUGCCAUUGACGACCUCUCUCCGGCUGUGCUUGAAUCAUCUACUGUUGAACCCUUGUCGUUGCCUGCGGAUAUUCCAAACCCGACUGUCGAAGAGGCACCAGCCGCCUCUGAGGCCGCUGUAAUCCUCGAACAGCCCAGCUCCGAGGUCGUUUUAACUCCUGAGGUUGUUCAUGUGGAGGUCAAGGCUGAACCUACACAAUUUGUUGAUGAAUCGAAGCCAGAGGCUGAGGAGAAUGUACCUGUAGCGACAUCAACGCCAUUGGCAGCAGCCGAGGAGUCUACCUCAGCCGUCGAAGAGCCCGCCGUCGAGGGCUUAGCUUCAGAGGUUCUCCCGACCGUUGCAGAGUCGGCUUCCGUCCUUGAAGAACCCGUUCCUGCCGUUGAAGCUCUUCCUCAGGUAAUCGAGGUUACCACAUCCGUUCCUGAUCACCCUACGUUCGCAUUCGAGACACUUGUUGGUGAAGAAGCCAACUCCCACAAACCUGAUACCUCCGUUGAGUUAGAAGGCGCUAUUACGGGCCCAGCCUCUACCACAGACGACUUGAUUCUCGCUCAAGAAGAUUCCCCAGUACCUGUGGCGGAACCUGAAGCCGUAGCUGUCGGAGAACCUGCUGUUGCGGAAGAAACCCCGACCCACGACGAUCCAAAUCCUGCCCAUGAACAGACAGUCUCCGAGGAUCCUACCACAGUCGAGCAGUCAACGACGACGCCGGAACCGCAGGUCAAAGCAGAGCCAGCACCAGUGCAAGAGACACUAGUUCAGGAGCGAACGGCGAAACUAACAGAGGAGACAGCACUUGUCAUCCCCACAGCAGAUGCGGCUUCAUCAAAGGACGAAAUUGCUGUAAAUGAGCCCGUCGUCGCCCCGCAGUUUGAAGAGACGAAGGCUGAUGAAGAGCCCGCUACGAUUGUUGAAGAGUCGCCUGUUCUCGAAGAUAAUGAAACUCUUGGAACCAUCCCUGCAGUUAUUGAAGGUCUGGGCGAAGACGAGCCAGUUGAUGAAACGACACCAUCGCCUCAAUCCAUCGUCGUCUCCAGCGAACCUCGCAUCGAACCUGUCUCUAUCCCAUCUGACGACUCGGCGGACCACCUUGUCGACCUUCCUCCAGUGCCCGUUAUCGCAGCGACUCCGGUCGUUCUUAAGGAAUCAAUCAUCCUCCCUUUUCCUGAGCCUUCUUCACCCGAGGCAUCAUCCGAGCCUGCUCCUUCCAAUGAAUCAGUCGCCGCGAAAGACAACGGCCUCCCAUCAGCGCCAGAAUCUGUCGUACUUUCUGGUUCGACGCCUGGCCCUGAGGUUGCUUUGAGCACCAGCAAGCCCGCCGCCCUCGAGAAGACUCUCGACGAGCUCGAUUCUAGCUUCAGUGGAACGGAGAUCUCGAACGGCAAUGGACAUCAUGUCUCCUCUGGGGAUAGUAAAGCUGCAAUUGCGGAGGGCGCUCAAGCCCCUACUGCGACCAAUGGUCAAGCUGCUGUUGAGGACGCCCCCGUCUUUCUUGACUCCGCGGUCCCUGAAUCCGUCGAAGACGUUGAUGUUCCAGCCAAUGGCAAUGAAUAUCGCACAACAGCGACGGAAACGCUCAUCGCUCCCGAAGUCGCCACAGACCCUGAGACCGCCGAGAAGAAUGACUGA